AUGUUCUGCAAUGUUUACUGGGAGUUCGCUGUUCGAUUUUCCGGACGACGAAGUUCAGAAGUGACGAUUGCUGAAGGGCUGGAUUUUCGCCCGAACUCUGAACAACUUGACCGGUCGUCGAGUCCUCGGUACGUUCACCAAAGACUGCACCGAGCAGUGACCACUGGCUCAACCAACAUCAACGGCAGCGUUCGUCGGGCCGGCAGUCAGGGCCGCGGGCCAGCGUCCUGCUCUCCGCCAUUGCAGGCCCUGAACCCGGGCCUGGGGCCCACCUUGGCUCGGUACCCGAGCUCGGACUCGUUGCACUCGUAUUCAUCUGCUGCCACGCUCACUGCCGGUUCUGUGCAUUCGGCCAAGUCGUCGCCGAGUCUGUGUCGUGACCCGGCUGUCCGGGAGCAUGACAAGUGGGAUCCUGUCGGCGAAGAAGACUACAUCGAGAUGGCAAAAGUGGACUUCUCUCGUGCGAAAAUGUUGAAGGGACCCCGAAAGCGAGUAAAAACCUUUAAGGAGAGCAUCUGA